AUACUGGAUAAACUGCUAGAUGGCGACUUAACAAGUGAUUCUUCUUACUUCCACAAUGCUACAGGAUGUACUACUUACUAUAACUUUUUACAGUGCACGGACCCUGAGGACCAAGUUUACUACGUGAAAUUUUUGUCACUCCCAGAAGUGAGACGAGUCAUCCAUGUGGGAAACCGGACUUUUAGUGAUGGGACUGACGUUGAAAAGUACUUGCGAGAUGAUACCGUACAGUCAGUUAAGCCAUGGUUAACUGAGAUCAUGAAUAAUUACAAGGUUCUGAUCUACAAUGGCCAACUGGACAUCAUCGUCGCAGCUCCCCUGACAGAGCACUCCUUGAUGGCCAUGGACUGGAAAGGAUCCCAGGAAUACAGGAAGGCGAAAAGAAAAGUUUGGAAGAUCUUUAAAUCUGAUGAUGAAGUGGCUGGUUAUGUACGGCAAGUGGGUAACUUCCAUCAGGUAAUUGUUCGAGGUGGAGGACAUAUUUUACCCUAUGACCAGCCUAGGAGAGCUUUUGACAUGAUUAAUCGAUUCAUUUUUGAAAGAGGAUGGGAUCCUUAUCACUGAUAAACUACUUUCCUAAAAGAGAACAACAGGAGUUGGUUUUAAUCUUUGAAAAGAAAAUUUUAAAAACUAAAAAUGUCAUAUGAAUAAGAAAAUUAUCUUU